UUGAAUUUUAUCACCAUCAGGCUCUCCUCCUUUGGUCUCGCUUCUCUUUGCCAGUCACAUCAGCUUCUUUCUCCCUCCCUCCAAGUCCAUCCUUUCAAAUCCAACCCAACCGUCACCAUGAUUAUCUUCAAGGACAUCCUCACCGGCGACGAGCUGAUCUCAGACUCGUACGACCUCAAGGAGGUCGCCGGUACCGUCUAUGAGGCUGACUGUGCCAUGAUCGAGGAGGGUGGUGUCAACGUCGAUAUUGGUGCCAACGCUUCCGCUGAGGAGGCCGAGGAGGCCCUCGAUGACACCGUCGUCAAGGUCAACAACAUCGUCAGCUCUUUCCGUCUCCAGAGCACUUCUUUCGACAAGAAGAGCUACCUCACCUACCUCAAGGGCUACAUGAAGGCUGUCAAGGCUGCUCUCCAGGAGAAGAACGCUCCCGCCGAGACCAUCACUGCCUUCGAGAAGGGUGCUCAGGCCUACGUCAAGGAGCACCUCCUGCCCAACUUCAAGGACUUUGAGUUCUACACUGGCGAGUCCAUGAACCCCGACGGAAUGGUUGUCCUCCUCAACUACCGUGAGGAUGGUGUCACCCCCUACAUCAUCGUCUGGAAGCACGGUCUUACCGAGAUGAAGGUCUAA